AUGGUUACGCAAACCAGGCAACCGACAAUUCCCCUCACCGAAAUUGAGCACGCCGCCUUCUGCAAACCGGAAGACGAACUGCCCGCCAAGUCGCUGGCCGAGGAAUUGGCCAUCAACGUUCGCUGGCAGAAAAUCCCCGGCGAGUACCUGGCCUGCUCCCCGGCCGAACUGGACGAGCGCAUCGCGGCUGCCCGCCGCGUCCUGGGCGACCGCGUGACCAUCCUGGGCCACCAUUACCAGCGCGAGGAGAUUAUCAAGUACGCCGACUUCCAGGGCGACUCCUUCCUGCUCAGCCAGGAGGCGGCCUCCCGCCCGGAAGUGGACUACAUCAUCUUCUGCGGCGUCCACUUCAUGGCCGAAACCGCCUGCAUCCUGGCCGGCGAACACCAGCAGAUCAUCCUGCCCAACAUCACCGCCGGCUGCUCCAUGGCCGACAUGGCGCCCAUCCAGGACGUUGAGGACGGCUGGGAGGACCUGCAGGACGUUCUCGGCGAUCACGGCGGCAUCCUGCCCGUCACCUACAUGAACUCCGUGGCCGCCAUCAAGGCCCUGUGCGGGCGCAACGGCGGCGCGGUCUGCACAUCCUCCAACGCCACCGCGGUGCUCAAAUGGGCCUUCGACCAGGCGGACCGCGUCCUGUUCCUGCCCGACCAGCACCUCGGCCGGAACACCGCUCUCAAGCUGGGCAUACCCCUGGACGAGAUGGUCGUCUGGAACCCCUUCAAGGCCAUGGGCGGCAACACGCCGGAGCAACUGCGCAACGCUAAAAUGGUGCUGUGGCAGGGUCACUGCUCGGUCCACACGCGCUUCACCACCAAGCAGAUCGAGUCGGCCCGGCAGCGUUACCCCGACGUGACCGUGCUCGUUCACCCCGAGUGCCCCCGAGAGACCGUGGAAGCCGCCGACCUGGACGGGUCCACGGAAUUCAUCCGCAAGACCAUCAACGAGGCUCCCGCCGGCUCGGCCUGGGCCGUGGGCACCGAGAUCAGCCUGGUAAACCGGCUGGCCAAGCACAAUCCCGACAAGACGGUCUUCUGCCUCGACCCGGUGAGCUGCCCGUGCUCGACCAUGUACCGGAUCCACCCGGCCUACCUGCUCUGGACGCUGGAAAGCCUCGUGGCCGGUGAGGUCGUCAACCGCAUCACCGUCCCCGACCAAAUGCAGCAGGAGUCGGUCGUAGCCCUGGAACGGAUGCUGGCGCUGCGGUAG